AUGUCCGGGGGUCAAUUGAAGGUGGAUGGCCCCUUGAAAAACGGUGGUCCCCAAGAACUGCAUAUCGACGAUGCUGAACAGAUAGAUCCCGACUGCUCCUUAUCGUACUUUGAAGGUGCAUCAUAUAAGACCAUAUGGUUCAGUGUGACAGACGGGAAGGUUCAUCCAGUUGCCUGGAGGUGCCCAGCCAAUCACUUGACUGGGGACAUCAAGGAGGUCGAGAGACUGCCGGUACCUCCUGGAGUGUACAACAGCGUAUUAGAUAAAUGCAUAGCUGGUGUGAGACAGUAUUCAAAUAUUUUCGGCAACCCCAAGCCCUUCCUGAAGGAACAGUAUAUGGUGAAGGCAAUCUGCAAGCAUCGAUAA